GUCGCCGCCGCCGCCGUCGUUGCGGACGCGGACGCGGCCAUUGGCACGGCGCGGGGACGACGAUGAGCGGCUGAGCGCAGCUAAGCUGCUGGCUCAGGCGGAGGAUGGCGGAGACGCUGACGGAGCCGGGCGAUCCCGGGUGUGGCACGGCCGCCGCCGCCGCCGUGUCGGAGAGCGGGACGACGACGCGGCGGCUGAGCGAACUGCGGGUGAUCGAGCUGCGAGCGGAGCUGAGGAAGCGGAACCUGGACACGGGCGGCAACAAGAGCGCCCUCAUGGAGCGCCUCAAGAAGGCGGUGAAGGAGGAGGGGCAAGAUCCAGACGACAUGGGCCUGGAGCUGGAGGGCGCCAGCAGGAAGACCCCCAAGAGAUGCUGCCUUAAAGGGCAGAAGACCGAGGAGGGAGGCCCUGAAGACAAUGGCCUGGAGGAAGACUCCCGAGAUGGGCAGGAGGACACGGACGCGGGCCUAGAGGCCUGGCAGAACAUGGAGAUGGUGGACAUUAGCGUGUUGGAUGAGGCCGAGGCGGGGAGUGGCAGCACUGCGGACUGGGGGGAGGCCGCUGGCGGCAGCCUCCUCACCCCCUUCUGUGACAGUAAAGACUUUGGGGCCACACAGCUGAGACCCCUUGCAGCCCAGCUCGCGCAGCACGCUGUGGAUGAGGAAGCCUUCGAGGACACGUUGGAUGCGUCGGCCUUGCACCUCCGCGUGAGUCUGGACAUGGAGCACGCCCUGUUGGAGCCAGAAAAUGAGAAAAUACUCGACAUUUUGGGGGAAACUUGUAAAUCUGAGCCAGUAAAAGAAGAAGGUUCCGAGCUGGAGCAGCCAUUUGCACAGGAAACAAGUAGCGUGGGGCCAGACAGGAAGCUUGCGGAGGAAGAGGACCUUUUUGACAGCGCUCAUGCUCAUGCUCAUCCGGAGGAGGAGGAGGAGGCAUUGGAGGAGGAGGAGGAGGAAGAGGGAGAUUUAGAUUUGGCCAGCGAGUCAACACGAGCUCAGUGGAGCGAGGCAGAGCCCCGGUUAGCCGCGGGGAGGGAGCCCGUGGAGCAGACAGGCGGAGGAGGCGCCAGGACGGACUGUGAGCCUGUAGGGCUAGCGAAGCCAGUUGGGCAGAGUAGCGCGGCGGCCGCCGAGCCCGCGGAGCCCUCUAGCCAGGAGGUCGCGGAGGCGCCCACGGAAGCCCCAAGCCCAGAGCCCAGAGAUAGCAAAGAAGACGUGAAGAAGUUUGCUUUUGAAGCUUGUAAUGAAGUCCCUCCGGCUCCUAACGAGUCCUCAACCAGUGAGGGCGCUGAUCAGAACAUGAGUUCUUUGAAAGAAGAGAAAGACAUAAAGCCAGUCAUUAAGGAAGAAAAAGGCCGCGGUGGCAGUGGUGGUGGCGGCAGCAGCAGCUCAGGAAGGAACCUGUGGGUCAGUGGCCUGUCCUCCACCACACGUGCCACAGACCUCAAGAACCUCUUCAGCAAGUACGGCAAGGUGGUCGGAGCCAAAGUGGUCACGAACGCACGCAGUCCCGGGGCCCGCUGCUACGGCUUCGUCACGAUGUCCACGUCUGACGAGGCCACCAAGUGCAUCAGCCACCUGCACAGAACCGAGCUGCACGGCAGGAUGAUCUCCGUGGAAAAGGCCAAAAACGAACCUGCUGGGAAAAAGCUGUCCGACAGAAAGGACUGCGAGGUGAAGAAGGAGAAGGUGUCCAGCGCCGACAGACACCAUUCUGUGGAGAUCAAAGUAGAAAAGACCGCCACCAAGAAGGAAGAGAAGAUCGAGAGGAAAGAUGAGAAGAAGCCGGAAGACGGCAAGAAGGAGAAAGAGCAGGACGAGCUGAGAGCAGGGCCUGCGGAGCGGUCCCGGGGUGCCGAGUCAGGAAGCAGAGGCCCGGAGCGGACGGUGGUGAUGGACAAGUCCAAAGGCGAGCCCGUCAUCAGCGUGAAGACCACCAGCAGGUCCAAGGACAGGAACUCCCAGAGCCAGGAUCGCAAGUCUGAGAGCAACGAGAAGCGGGACAUCCUGUCCUUUGACAAAAUCAAAGAGCAGCGGGAGCGGGAGCGCCAGCGGCAGCGGGAGCGGGAGAUCCGGGAGACGGAGCGGCGCCGGGAGCGCGAGCAGCGGGAACGUGAGCUGCGCCUGGAGGCCUUCCAUGAGCGCAAGGAGAAGGCCCGGCUGCAGCGGGAACGCCUGCAGCUCGAGUGCCAGCGGCAGCGGCUGGAGCGGGAGCGCAUGGAGCGGGAGCGGCUGGAGCGCGAGCGCAUGCGUGUGGAGCGCGAGCGCCGGAAGGAGCAGGAGCGCAUCCACCGGGAGCGGGAGGAGCUGCGGCGGCAGCAGGAGCAGCUGCGCUACGAGCAGGAGCGACGGCCGGCCGGGCGGCGGCCCUACGACCUGGACGGCAGGCGAGAGGACCCGUACUGGCUGGAGAGCAAGCGCAUGGCGCUGGAGGAUCGGUACCGCGCCGACUUCCCCCGGCCCGACCACCGCUUCCACGACUUUGACCAUCGGGACCGGGGCCAGUACCCGGAGCACGUGGCCGCCAGGAGGGAAAGCUCCAGGCCUGGGCUGGGCGAGCGCGACGGGCAGCACUACCCGGAUGAGCGCCAUGGCCACGGAGGGGCCCCGGAGCGCCACGGCCGUGACUCCCGUGACGGCUGGGGGGGCUACAGCUCUGACAAGAGGAUGAGCGAAGGCCGGGGGCCACCGCCGCCCCCCAGGGGCGGCCGGGACUGGGGAGAGCACCACCAGCGAAUGCCAGAACCUCCCGCUCGUGCGUGGCAGGGCGCUGGGGACGAGGGCGUGGCUGUGCGGGAACACGCCAGGUGGCCAGGAGCUGAGAGAGGCCUGGCGGGGCCCUCGGGGCCGGCACACGCAGCAAGUCGUGGCGGCGUGGCGGGGCGAGGCGGCUUCGCACAAGGCGGACAUUCCCAGGGCCAUGUGGUACCAGGGGCUGGGCUGGAAGGUGGCGGAGUGGCCGGCCAGGACCGGGGCAGCCGAGUCCCGCAUCCCCACCCGCAUCCCCACCCUCACCCGUACCCCCACUUCACCCGCCGCUACUAAGCACUCGCUGUGUGUGCCCACAUGGACAGCUGCACUG